CUAAACUUCGAUGGACCGGGUCACCCAUAGCUGCUUAAACCCGCCUAAAUCUCCCAAAUCAUUUCUGCUUCAUCUUCAGCAAAAUCAACAGAAACCCUAAUGAAGCUUUCCCGUUCUACGUUAAGGAGCCAAAAUUCAAUAUCUUAUUGCAGAGCCACAAUUAACCGUUUUUAUGGCACAACAACGUCGACUAAACAAAAUAACGAGGAGAGGAGUGAGUGGGUCUACGCAAGAAUUGCACCAUUAGGUAGCCCAGAGGUUUCAAUGGUUCCAGUAUUGGAACAAUGGGUUAAAGAAGGUAAUCAAGUGUUGAGAAGUGAGCUUCAGUGGAUUAUCAAAAGGCUAAGGAGCUACAAAAGAUACAAACAUGCCCUUGAGGUAUCUCAUUGGAUGACAGACAGAAGAUAUUUCUCCGUCCAACCUGCUGAUGUUGCUACACGAAUUGAUUUGAUGUAUAAAGUUAAAGGCCUCGAAGAGGUUGAAAAAUACUUCAAUAGCACUCCGCAGAAAUUGAAACGCCUGACAGUGUAUACAUCUCUCCUCAAUUGCUAUACCAGCGAGAAGUCUGCAGAGAAAGCUGAGGCCCUAAUGCAGAAACUUAGAGAUAUGGGGUUUGCUAAGGGUACAUUGUGCUACAAUUUGAUGCUGAACCUCUAUUCUAAAACAGGAAGAUGGGAAAAAAUGGACAAUCUGAUGAAUGAAAUGGAGCAGAAAGGCAUAAAUUUUGAUGAAUUCACGCUCACAAUACGGUUAACUGCAUAUGCUGAUGCUGGAGAUUCUGAUGGAGUGGAUAAAAUAGUAGCGAUGAUGGAAUCUGAUAAGCAUCGCAUUUUGCGGUGGGGUACUUACAGUAUUGCAGCAGAUAUGUGUUUGAGAGUUGGGCAGGUGGAGAAAGCUUUAUCAAUGCUGAAUAAAUUGGAGGGCAUGAUUGUGAGUGGUGAGAAAAGUAAUGGUGCAUAUAAUUUAUUGCUAAAACUAUAUGCGGAAGCUGGAAAGAAAGAAGAGGUGCACCGAUUGUGGGAUUUGUACAAGCAGAAGGAGAAAAUUCUUAACAAAGGUUACAUUAGUGUGAUGAGCGCACUAGUGAAAUUUGGUGAUACAGAAGGAGUUGAGAAGAUCUUUGAGGAAUGGGAAUCGGAAGCUUUGUCCUAUGACUUCCGAGUUCCAGACGUCUUGAUUGGUACUUACUGUAGAAAUGGUCUUCUAGAGAAAGCUAAGGCCCUAGUGGACAAAGGAAUGUCAAAAGGGGGUGUUCCAUGGAUCACCACGUGGUGUCACUUGGCAAAUGGAUACAUACAUGAAGAUCGAGUCCCAGAGGCUGUAGAAGCAUUGAAGAAGGCCAUCUCAUUAUGCCCGCCUAAUUAUAGACCUAGCAGGGAGACCUUAGUUACAUGUGUGCAAUACUGGGAAAACCAGGGAAAUGUGGAUAAAGCGGAGGACUUUGUAAGGUCUUUAGAAGCAGAGCAUAUGUUCUCGGCUGUUUUUCGUGACAAGUUGUUGCGCUUUAUUAAGGAAGAAAAACUACAGACCUGAGCGACACAGCUUGCGUGGAAACAACUGAUUUGAGAGACUCUCGCAAGGUUAGGCAUGGCCAACAAUAGCUGUAAGUGUGAACUGAAGCUGUUAGGCCGGCUAGAUAUGGAACAAUUAAAGAGAAAUUUAUUUAUCGGACAGAGAUUCCUUUUCUUUGGGGUUCAAACUGAAAAUAGUUGAUAUUUCUCAUUGAGAUUCACCUGUGGUUGGUCUCAAGUGAUCUUAGGCUGCAUAUUCAUUGCUGAUUAGUAAUAUACUGCAAGAUUAGUCCUCAAGAGAGAUGAGCUGAUUUGUUCGUAAGUCGUAACAUAUAUUGCGUCAAUGAGCUUGUCUGAAGGCCAAAAUUCAACAGAAUGUGUAUAUUCUUUGUUUUGGUAACUAUAGCUGGUGGGAGCACCAAAGUUCCUUUCCUGGGCUUGUUUGAGUGUGGUUAUGAAGACAGUAAAAGAAGGUACAUUACUUCGGUUCUUCGAUUUUCGCCAUAUGAUGUUAUUGUAGUUUAUAAGUAUGUGACAAUAUUGUUUGUUGAAGCUGAUAAUGUUAGUCCAAGCCCGACGGUGUGCCAUCUCCUCCUAAAAAUAGAGUAGGGUCAUUUCUCCCUAGUUUAGCAUAUUUAAUGAACGUUUUCUCUUGAUUGAAGAAUAUCUGAGACCUACCCUCUUUGAUGGUGAAAAUGAGAGUUAAUCUUCUCUCUUA